AUGUCUACUUCACAACCUAGAACGAAACCUUGGGAAGUAUCACAAGGUACAUCAGCAGCUUCAACACAAUCUCAAUCUCAACCCACAACAACCACCACCACAAACACAUCAACUAAUCCAAGUAUACCUGAUAGACCUACUUCAUUAACAUCUGAUUUUAAUAAUAUGGCUGAAACUUCACCUUAUGGAAAUAAUACAACAACAAAUAAUGCAUAUGGUACAUCAUCAACUUAUGGUAAUAGAUAUGGUUCAUCUGGUUAUGGAUCAUCAAUGUAUGGUAGUGGAUAUGGAAGUGGGAUGUAUGGAGGAUAUGGAAGUGGAUAUGGUUCAUCAAUGUAUGGAGGAUAUGGAUCAUCAAUGUAUGGUAAUUCAAUGUAUGGAUCAGGAAUGUAUGGAAAUUCAAUGUAUGGAUCAGGAAUGUAUGGUAAUCAAAAUGGAAUGAUGCAAAAUGGAUUCGGGGAGGGAACACAAGCUACAUUUCAUUUAAUUGAAAGUAUAAUUGGAGCAGUUGGAGGAUUUGCACAAAUGUUAGAAGCUACAUAUAUGGCUACACAUUCAAGUUUUUUUACAAUGAUUAAUUUAGCAGAACAAUUUGGAAAUUUAAAAAAUGCAUUGGGUAGUCUUUUAGGAAUAUUUGCAUUAAUUAAAUUUUUAAAAAAGAUAUUUUGGAAAAUUACUGGACAAUCUUUUAAUAAUGGAUUAAAUUUAAAUGAAUUUAAUAAAUUUGAAAAAAAUCAAAAAAAAUUAGAAGAUAAAUUUAAAAAAUCAUCAAACUCACCAAGUGGUGGUUCAAAAAAACCAAGAAUUUCAUUUAAACCAUUAAUUUUAUUUUUAGCUGCAUCUAUUGGAUUUCCUUAUUUAUUAAGUAAAGCAAUUCAAUAUUUAAAUGAACAAAAUAAAAGAAAACAAAUGGAAUUACAACAACAACAACAACAAUUCCAAAAUCCAAAUGGUUUGGUAUCACCUUUUGAUCCAACAAAUUUACAAUUUGCAAAAGCUAUAUAUGAAUUUAAUCCAGAAAAUCCAUCAAUUGAAUUGGAAUUAAAACCAAAUGAAUUAGUUGCAAUAUUAUCUAAAUUAGAUCCCUUGGGUAAUGAAUCAAAAUGGUGGAAAGUAAGAUCAAGAUCAGGUAAAAUGGGUUAUGUACCAUCAAAUUAUUUAUCUGUUAUUGAAAGAAAAUCUCAGCAGAAACCUGCAUUAACAUCAUCACAAUCACAACCAUCACUACUGCCUGCUGUAAAACAAGUUGAAAGUGCUCCUAUAAUACCACAAACUAAUGAAUUACUGGAUAUAAAACCAGAUCAAUUAUUACAAGAAUUUAAAAAUAUGACUUAA